CGUGACCUUCAGCAUGAUCACGUGAUCAAGUUUAUCGGAGCAUGCAUCGACGCACCCAACAUCAGCAUCAUGACUGAGUAUUGCCCCAAAGGUAGCUUACAGGAUAUUCUGGAAAACGACUCAAUUGAACUAGACGAGCUCUUCAAGUAUUCCCUGAUGUAUGAUAUCGUCAAGGGUAUGCUAUAUCUUCAUAAUAGCGUGAUACAAACUCAUGGUAACCUGAAGUCUUCAAACUGUGUUGUGGAUAGUAGAUUUGUGUUGAAGAUCACAGACUUUGGCUUGACAUCUUUCAGAGAACCUGAUCAUGCUUUUGAACCGGAUGAAGAGGAUUCUUACAAAUACUAUCAAAGGAGAUUAUGGACAGCCCCCGAGCUUCUUCGCCUACCUGAGAUACCCUCUGGGGGAACACAGAAAGGAGAUGUAUACAGCUUUGGUAUAAUCCUACAAGAGAUCAUGUACAGAGAAGGAGUCUUUUACAUCAAGGAUGUUGACUUGAUGCCAGAAGAAAUUGUGAAGAAAGUAGCAAACGGUUACAAGCCAGCUUUCAGACCGACAAUUGAUCGAGUGACGUGUUCACAGGAGAUGAUGGACCUCAUUACAAACUGUUGGAAGGAAGAUUCGAAUGAAAGACCUGAUUUUAGUCAGCUCAGAGGAAUCAUGCGCAAACUCAACAAGAACUCUGAAAACAAGGGCCUGGUUGAUACGUUACUGUCUAGAAUGGAACAGUACGCUUCUAAUCUUGAAAGCUUGGUCCAGGAGAGAACUGAAGCAUUUUACGAGGAGAAGAGAAAGGCCGAGGAACUCCUCUACCAGAUUCUGCCGAGGCCAGUUGCAGAGGAACUGAAGAAAGGAAAACCUGUGACGGCAGAAUCAUUUGAAUGUGUCACCAUCUAUUUUAGUGACAUCGUGGGCUUCACAAAAUUAUCAUCAGGCAGUACUCCCCUUGAGGUGGUUGAUCUACUCAAUGACCUAUACACUUGCUUCGAUGCUGUAAUUGACAAUUUCAACGUAUACAAGGUUGAGACGAUCGGGGAUGCUUACAUGUGUGUAUCGGGCCUCCCAAUUCGUAAUGGUGACUUCCAUGCCCGAGAAAUUGCCCGUAUGUCCCUUGCCCUCCUUCAUGAAAUAACAUCAUUUAGGAUCAGGCAUAGACCAGAGGAGAGACUUCGUCUCAGAAUUGGAGUACACACAGGCCCAGUUGUAGCUGGUGUAGUUGGUUUAAAGAUGCCUCGAUAUUGUCUCUUUGGAGAUACCGUCAAUACAGCAUCUAGAAUGGAAUCUAACGGAGAAGCAAUGAAGAUCCACGUCAGUCAACAGACUAAGAAGAUACUAGAAUUAUUCGGAACUUUCAUCUUAGAACUAAGAGGAGAAGUUGAGAUGAAGGGGAAAGGAACUCAGACAACUUUCUGGUUGAAGGGGGAGCUGAAGGGACAAAAUGGCAUCUGCGAUCUCAAAUAUCAAGAGAUUACAGUGUGACGUCAUGGCGUGGACUGCUAACUGCGCGCAUAAUAUCUUCCUAUUUAAUCCAGCACAUAGCCUGACACACUUGGGACAGAGCAGUGAGAGCACCGCUCAUCCAUAGCCAGAUCAAUAGAAAUUUAGGUUUGAAAAUGCUUCCGACGAUUUAUCGCUUCUGUGAUUCAUGUGAAACUGUAAAAAUUGCGAAGAAAUUGCCUGUGUGUUAUUUCCAUACUUUAUGAAUACAUCAAUAGAAAUUAGAUAUUUAUUUCAAAAGUGUAAAGCAGUAAUUUUGUUCCUUGUGGAAUAAGGUUGCAAUAGAUAUUAAUGUUCAGAAAUGUUUAUAGGGAAUGUCCCAUUAACAGGGAUAUCAUCAACAUUAAGCACAAAAUAUUGACCAAUAUCAUUUCUUGCAAAUUUUUUUAUUUUUGGUGACUGAUAAUUUAUAUGUCGUUUAUUAAUGAAUGUGACGUUGAAAAAUGAUAAUAAAUAAGUUCCAAUGAAAGGGCUAAAUAAUUUAUAAUGUAAGGGGUAAAAUCAUGCUUUAUCUAUAUGACUUGCGUAUUCUGUAUCGUAAUAGAGGGGACAUUGUGUGAAACAUUUUGUCACCGAAAUUAAGUAAGUAGUUCAAAAUUAAAACAAUUGUAAGAAUAAAGAUAAUCAUCACACCACACUGUCAAAUUGAGAAUGCUGCAUUUACGUGAAAACCCAUUACGCUUCUAUAAAAACAUAUAUGAAAAUAUUAUAGAGAGUAUCAUGUUGAUAAUAAAAGAAUUAUCGUAUUCAUUGAUAAAUUUUCUAUCGGUACUACCAUAAUGAAUAUGUAUCGCUUUAUGUUGUUUAAAUAUUUGUAUGAUGUGUUUUGACAAGAAACUUCUUUUGGCGAGUAUUAUAAUGCUUUAGUUUAGUAUAGGUGAUAUACUCCCUUAUAAUGGUACUUGGUAAACAUGGACAUUUUCAAGUUUGAGUUCAUAUUCAACUGUUACGGUUUCUUGUUAUUGUUGUUUAUAGUUUUUCUUCUGUUUAUGUUGCAUUAUGAAUGAGUAUGAAUGUGUAAUUGACUUUUGAUUCAUGUCAAAUAGUUCAUACAUUGUUGCCCCUAAGUGAUUCAUUUUCACAAAAUGAUGUAUACAAAGCUUUUUUUCUCUCUCUGUCUCUCACUCAAAACAAAUUAUUAUAGUUGUCUAAGCCUUAUGUGCAAAAAUGUGUACGAUUGCAUACACUUUACGGCAGUUUUGACCAAAAUGUGUACAAUAUCAAGGAAGUGCAUCGUCAUUGAUGCCAAAUUGUGAAUACUGUGUAAAAAUAUAUAUGGACUUGUAUUGUUAUGACACAAAUUAAUAGAAUGCAUUUUGUAUUGUAGCAAUGGUAUAUAACAUUGGCUAAGCUGUACGGUGUUCCUGUUUUUCCCAUAGGAUUUUUGAGCAAUUAAGGGAGGAAUAAUGUAUCGGUUUGUAUAUGCAAGAAGCAAAAUCGACUUGGAACAAGCUUUAAUUGAAAUAAGUUGCAUGUCUUCAAAGUUUAUCAUACUCAGCGCUAUAUAAGGCUUUUUUCAUGUGUAUAUUCCGUCCUCCCUGUAAUAUGUUAUACAUGUAUAUCGCAGGUAUUAUAAUCACGUUUAACAAUUUAGAUUCUCGAGGUUGUGACGAUUAAGGAUUGAAUAACAUGCAAACUUUCGAGCGUUUCAGGUUUAAGCUGAAAUGAUUUUGUAGCCUCAAAUGUUAACAAAAUAAUCAUGAAUGAAACUUUUUGCGAUAUUCACAAUUACGUCAUAUCAAACGCUGCAAAUACAAUUGCUUUAUUCAGUCGUAGGCUAUAGUGGAAAGUACAAAUUUGUAAUGUUUUUUUUAAUUGUAUAUAGGCCUAAUGAUAUCUUUAUAUGGCCUAUAUCUCUGAUCACGUUCAUUGUAUGGAUGAAUAGUUAGUCCACUAUGAUAUUAUAUUUCUUCCCGUUUUCUCAGAGCAAUUCAUUAUAGAUAAUUGCUGACAUGAUAUUUGGCAAGUGCUUAGAAAAAACACAAGUUGUGCGCUUUACGUUCUACUCCUACUUUAUUUUUGCUAAAGGUCAAGUCCACCCCAGGAAAAUGCUGACCUGAAUAAAUAGAGAAAAAUCAAAGUAGCAUAGUGCUGAAAAUUUCAUCAAAAUCGGAUGUAAAGUAAGAAAGUUAUGACAUUUUAAAGUUUCGCUUAUUUUUCACAAAACAGUGAUAUACACAACUAGGUGAGUCAGUCGAUGAUGUCCAUCACUUACUAUUUCUUUUGUUUUUUAUUGUUUGAAUUAUACAAUAUUUCAUUUUUUAUAGAUUUGACAAUAAGGACCAACUUGACUGAACCAUAUAGUAUUAAACAAUGCUAAUUCCACAUGUUCAGGGAGGAAUUAAUCGUUGUAUCACUUGACAAAGAGGAGAAAAUUAGAAUAUUUCAUAUUUCAUAUAAUAAAAUACAAAAGAAAUAGUGAGUGGAUGACGUCAAAGUCUCCUCAUUUGCAUACCAGCCAGGAUGUGCAUAUAACUGUUUUGUGAAAUUAAGCGAAACUUUUGAAAUGUCAUAACUUUUCUAAAUUUACAUCAGAUUUUGAUGAAAUUGUCAGUGUUAUGUCUGAUGGAUUUUUCUCUUUUUAUUCAAAUCAACAUUUUGUUGGGGUGGACUUGUCUUUUAAAACACUGUUGUCGAUCGUCUUGUUGGACCAUAUAAUGUAAUCAGCACAUUGAAUGAAAUAUUUAAAAGCAUGCUAUAAUCGCAUCUUUGAGCAGUUUGUAAAUGAAAACCUAAUAUUGCAAUUAAAACAGUUGCACCCCAUACGAUUAUCAUCGAUUGAUGAUAAUGUUAAAGGGAAUAGUAAAGAGAAAUUGAGUAUUGUUCCAGUCAAUGUAUCAUUGUUCAGUUUAAAUGUUUUAUUUUUAACUUUAUGUUUGAUCAUUAGAAGGAAGAGCAAGUUGACAAGAUAUCCUGUGGUUGGGCAGGAUGGGCAAGUUUGUAAUUGAUCUAAAUAAUGGCAGAAAAAUUAUGGCUCAUUAAAAUUAAUGGCUUUCAAAUCAUGUCUUGAUAUUUCAAAUACAAUUUCCCUUUGCAAUAUUCUCCUUUCUUUUUAAACGUUGCAUUCAGAUUCAAUUAUUUUCAUUUUUUUUUUUUUGCAUAACACGUGAAUGUAAAAAAAAAACUAUUGAUUUAUAUUAAUGAGUCAAUUACAUAAAUGCCUUGCAAUGUAGAUCUAAAUCUAAAUGAGUUUAUAUGCUAUAUGAUCAGAAGUCAUUUAGAAUAAUUGAGAGUAAGUUUACCCCCACCAUGAAUUUGAUAAUUUCUGAGUUCUUCCUUUACAGAAUAUUAAUAUAUUCAUCUUGCAAAAGCUUGUUAAAACAGGGAGAAAAGCAAUGAUUUAAAGAAUUAUAGCCUGUUCUAAAUUAUGUAUUUUUGGUUCAUAAAUUAAUAUUUGUAGAUGCAAAAUUCGAGCUGACAUGAGUAUAAACGUCCUCGUAUACAUAUAUCAAUUGUAAAUAUGUAAUCUUUAUGUAAAAGGGAGGGGUACUGAUAUUUAUUUAACAUUAUAUGUGUAUGUAUAUGUAUAUAUUUUAUAUGUAUAGAUAUGAUUAUGGAAUUCGAGUGAAAAUAGUUGAGCGUUACUGUGAACAAAUUUCAUUUUUUUUUUGCAGAAAUCCUAUUCCUUCCGUACUUUCUAUUGCAAUCAAAAUGUAAAUCAGUAUCUGCAAUUUGAGGGGAUAGAUAGUAUGAUUACGAUUAAAAUAUGGUAGCAGUAGAUUGUCUUGUAAUGAUUAAAUUGUUACCUGUAAUCUUGUUCAAACUGCUUAGGGCAGUACUUUGGUUGGGAAACUUCCAUUAUUAUUAUUUUUAAAAGCUUUAAAUGUCUUGGAGACUGUUUGUAAAUUAAAGAAGGCAUCAUGAGGAGAAGGAAAUUAACAAUCUGAGGUCUCCACAACUCAUACAUCUAAUUUUUAAUUGCAUUUGUGAUUGAUUUUAUCUUCUUUCAGUUUUAAGAAAUGAUUUUAUAAAUUUGUUUUAGCGGAGUUAUAGUUAUGGUGCAAAUAAAGGUAAAGUACACAUGCUUAACCGACACUCGUGUUAUGGACAAGUAUUCAAAUAUAUAUAUAUAUAUAUACCAACUGGUUUUGGAAAAUA